CUAAGAACAAUGAAAGUGUUUCUGGAUCCAAUGACGUGAAGGCAGCAAGUGGAGUAAACGUCUCGUCACCGUGGAGUACUGUCAAAGGGCACAAGGUCGAGGAGUCUACCAAGGCCUGCCGUGCACCGGGUGAGUGAGUGCAUUAAUUGCGUGCACCACUGCCUGCGAGUGCACGAACCCGCUUCACACUCAGGUCAGGUAACAUGUCCAUGUGCUUGUAUUGCUCUAGUGUUGAGUUUACACCCGAACUGAACAUUUAUUUAUUAUUUCAAUUAUCGGUGGUCAUAGCAAUAAACAACCUUGUAGACAGCGCCAACCUGCAGUUGGCCUUGAAGCUAAUGCGAAGUGUUUUUUAAUGUAGGAUGCCUCGAAAAGGUUGUCGACAGAUUCGACAUCGCAUGAAAAGAUGACAGGCGUUGGUUUGAUAGACACAAAGAGUGACUCAACGACAACCAACGCACGAAGUGACCUGGUGACUUUGCCGAAGCUGCAAAUCCCUCAAAGCGAGGAACCACCUGCCAAACCCAUCCAACUGUGGUCCAAGAACCAGAUCGCAGUUGAGUAUGAUUCAGACUCGGAAACGGCAGCUGCGCCCACGACUAACCGUCUGGUUGGCAAGGAUGUCUGGAAAGGUCGCGUGAUCAAAAAACCAAAAGUAGAACCGAAGAAACACACCCCGAAAGAAGGUUCUUCAAGUUCAUCAUCUUCUUCUAAGAGGAAACCAUCAACUUCGAAAAAUGGAUCUGGAUCAAGUUCCAAAACGGACAAAAACUCAACAGGAAACAAAAGCAGUCCAGGAGCAUCAGCCGAUUUGAAGGGUAUUGUGAGCUACUACGAGAGCGAAGAAAGCGAUGAACCAGAAACGGGAAUCAUUUUCCCAAAGACAUCUAGACAGGAGGCGUACAGCAAGAACAGAAAACAUAAGCUGUCAAUUUCAUCAAACAGCAAAACUAGCAACAAUUCAACUAUGAAUAGCGAAGAGUCAGUAUCGUUCACAAUGAAAUCGCAGAACCACAGCGUUCCGAAACCAGCAGUUUUCAAUGAACAAGACGAGGAGAAAAAACACACUAUACCGAAAGUGAAACUCCCUCCGCAGAAAAAGUUCGUAUCUGCAGUUCACUCUCCGCAAGUUUUAGAAUCUGUCAUUGCUAGCAAAUCGGAAACCAAUAUUACAAACACGAUUGGAGCUUCUUUAAAAACUACUGGUGACCUUGUUGGAAAGUCUGUCGUGGAGGCUGAAAAGGCUGAGAAUCAAGGUGAACAGGUUGCAGAUGCUGUAAACGUUGCCGAAGGCAUAAAAGACAAAGUAAAAAGUCGAUCAAGAAGUAAAAGCAAGAAGCAGAAAUUGAAGAAAAGUAAAAAGAGCCAGAGCAGAAGCAGGUCAAGUUCCAGAAGCUAUUCGAGAAGUGGGAGUUCUUCAAGGUCUAGAUCUAGAUCUUCUAGAAGCAUAAGCUACUCAUACAGUACUAGUCGCAGUAGAUCUUCACACAGCCGAAGUUCGGGUAGCUCUUCGGAUUCGUAUUCGUCAAGGUCAAGAAGCAGAUCUUCGUCUUACAGGCGUAGCCGCCAUCGAAGACGAAGCAAGAGGUCUUCAAGCAGACGGAGACAUCGCAGGAGAUCGAGGAGUAGCUCAUAUUCAGAUGAAGAUAGAAUAUCCAGACGUCACGUCCGUGGCCAGCCUCCAAAGCGCAAACGGAGAAAGCGGAAUAAGAAGCGAAGGAUUACUAGGGCCCCAAACCCUCCUAUGGUUCCAAGAAAUCCGAAGUUUCAGCAGCAACAGAAUGCUGGGCUUAAGCAAACUCAACAAACACCAGGAGUUAGUUUGCCUCCAAAGCUAGGGUCAGGCCUUGGUCCGAAGAGUUUUGGAACCCUUGAUAUUGGAUCUGGUUCUGACUCAAAUAGAAGGAAUUCCGACUCCAAUGAAGCAACCACUCGAAGUGGUCAAAAUGCCGGGAAACAUAUCACCAAUGAAGUCCCUGCCAUGAAUACUAGUAACGCAUCCUUACCGAGCAAUUCAAAUAGUGUUGAGCCCAAGGAAAACCCUGACACUGUAUCAGAACAACCUGUUAUUAUUGGGCCGCAGCUGCCAAAGCCUAAUGGAAUUGACGAGUUCAUUGCGCAUACUAGUAAACUUGGUGUGAACGUUGAGGAGGACAUGCCUAAUGGUCCGAUAGAAGAAAAGAACGCUUUACCUGAAAAUAUUCCCGAAGAAAUGAAAGAAAAGUAUUCCGAUCUGAUGAGCAGACUAAAUAAUCAUAUUCAGAAAAAAGAGAAGUCUAUAGAUGGCAGGGAUGAUGAAAGGUCAAAUGGGUCCAAUUCCGUACAACCUGGUGCUGGUAUGGAAGGUGCUGCAACUCCGACGGGAAGCUACGUCGGAACAUCCGAGCAUGAAUCAUUUUCGAUACAAAAUCAGAGUUUGGUCCAUCAUCAGCCGCAGCAGCAACAGCAGUAUACAGUUUCUCCAGCAGCCACGCAUUAUAUGCAACAACAGCAACAACCGCAGUUAAUUUACGUGCCUACCAGUCAACUUCAGUUUCUUCAUAACCCUGCGGCAUCCCAUUUAGGAACUCAUAAUAUGUUCCUUCAACAAUUAAACUCAUUUAAUCCGUUGCUUAAUGCUGCAAAUUUGAAUUUUCAAGCAGCGGGAGCGCAGCUGCCUUUUAUGAACUUGAAUAACCAUCUGCCUCUUGCGGGUAUACCCACAUUGGGCCAUCAUCACCCUAGCUUGUUGGGCCAGACAGGACUCAGCCCGUUGCUUUCCGCAUCGCAUCUAUUCAACCCGGGUGUUGCGGCAGCAGCAUCACAUCAGCAACAACAAUUAGCAGCAAUCUACGCGCAAUUACUAAAUCAAAACUCAUCAAAUUCUUCGUAGCAGCUGGAAUGUUAGAUGUGAUAGUGAAAAAAAUUGACAAUUGAUAGAACCUUUUCCCCUCCUAUCCGUCUAUUUCAUAUUCUCAGUUAAUGUAACAUAUACUGAGUUGUAGAUCAGUGGUGUGCUAGAAAUUUUAUUUUGAUAGGCGACGUUAUGGUCAUUUUGUUAUUUGUUAAGAUGUAUAGAAAUGUAUUAAAUUUAUUACGAUUUUGAUUCAACCAACAGCCAUCAUUGUAAAGUGGGGCGGCGAAAGUACAUUCCCUGUGGUGUUUUGCGCAAUCUCGGUUGUUGCAAUGAGAUGACUGUGCGUGGUUUACGACCUAGAAUGGAUUAAGGAAAUUAAGCAGCGCUGUUUUGUUGUGCAAGUUGCAUCUGCUUGCAUCAACCGAGUUAGAUUACAUAUGCGACUGCAUUGAAUUGCAGUAGAACAAAGAGAAAGUGAGGUUAAUCAUAAUAAGAAAUACUAAUACUGUACUGUACCAGGCUUGAAACAUGACUUCCUCUUUUUUGACCGCUAGAGUCGAAUGUCUGUACGGAACGGCUGUCUUCUACUGCGACUUCAGCUGAGGGAAUACAUCAGCAGUCCCAUGCAUCACUGAUCUGUCCCCGCAAUUGGCCUAUUCAAUAGCUAGCUUAAGGAAAAAAAUCUUCCACACAUCCAUACGUGCUUUGUAUAGUUUACAAAUUGUUGUAUUAUUGGCUCCUUUUGAUAUAUGAUUUUAAAAUGCGUUUAAUUUAUUGUUUCUGUUUCA